CUGAUGCGGAAUUUUCCGUACUAGUUGGACUUGGAUUUGUAUCUGACUCGUAAAAACCUACCAUGUCUGAUCGUUCCUCUUCCAAAUCCACAGGUUCUGGGCCAAAACCACUAACGUCCACGGAAGAUCCACUCAAUAACUCGACAGCAAAAGGCGUGUUCGCUCACUUGCAACCCUAUGCGCGGUCCAAAGGACCUGCCUUAACUCUAAGUACACUAUUUGCAUUAUCCGCUGCUGUUCCACACACGGUACUUCGGCCGAGCGUCUACUUUCCCCAGUAUGUGCAACGCGUAGGGUUCUCGCUAGUUUUUGGAGGAGCAGCAUAUGUACUGGCUACUGGAGACUCACGCAAUGGGAGUGGGAUUGUUACGGCUUGGUCUUUGACCUAUCUAUUUCUCCAUCUUCGGAGAUCAAUAAAGCCUCCUCACCACCCUCUGACACUUGCCAUGACUGGAGGUGCCACGGUGUGCGCUGGACUUUACGGGACAGAAUACUUUAUGUAUCAGACAUGACCAACCUGUCAUACGAUCUACUAGUGUUAUCACAUUGUGUUAUGACAAGUCUUAAUU